UUUCAUUGACUGAUGUGUGUUGUGUUCCAUGCGUCUCCCUUGCCCCUGCUUAGUUCCUGCGUAGAGAGACUGAUAAUCAAUGAUCCAUAUGCCAGACUGUUCAAAAACAAGCUGAACUCCAUUUAACCACUUGUCUUCUCAGGGAUCUACCUGAUCAUUAAAGGUAUUUACUAGAUAACAGUGUUCACAACAUAUUUGGACAUCAAUCGAGCUUCAGGAUGCGCUAUGGGCAGCUGGUCAUGGGACCAGCUGGAAGUGGAAAGAGCACGUACUGUUCAGCAAUGCAAAAACACGCGCAGACGCAGAAGCGAACCGUUCAUGUGGUGAACCUGGACCCUGCGGCCGAAUACUUCGACUACCAGCCAACCGUGGACGUGCGGGACCUGAUCCAGCUGGAUGACGCCAUGGGGGACCAGGAGCUGCACUUUGGACCCAACGGCGGGCUUGUUUUCUGCAUCGAGUAUCUGAUGAAGAACAUGAGCUGGCUAGAGGAACAGCUUGGCGAAGGGGAGGAUGACUACUUCCUGUUCGACUGCCCUGGACAGAUUGAACUUUUCACCCACAUGGACGUCAUGAAGAACAUCGUAGAAGCUCUACAGGCUCUAAACUUCAGACUGUGCGGUACCUUCCUGAUCGACUCAUCCUUCAUGGUGGAGGGCAGCAAGUUUAUCUCUGGCACCAUGGCUGCCCUCAGCGUGAUGGUCAACAUCAGCAUCCCCCACGUUAACGUGCUCACCAAGAUGGACCUGCUCAGCGCGGAGUCUCGCAACCAGCUGGAGCGGUUCGUGGACCCGGACACGCGCCGUCUGCUGGACGCGGACGGCUCCCGUUUUGGCGAGCGGUACCGCCGGCUGACGGCGGCGCUGGCGCGCGUCGUCGACGAGUACGGCCUGGUGCAAUAUCACACGCUCGACCUGCACGACGAGCUGAGCGUGACGCAGCUGGCCGCGAUCAUCGACAACAGCAUACAGUACGGCGAGGACGAGGAUGUGCGUACGAACGAGUUCGAGAUGCCCGACCAGGACGGCGAGGAGGCGGCGGACGAGCAGCUUAGUCGCUACCUGCAGGAGCUCUGACGGAACGACGGAGGACCUCUGACGGAACGACAGAGAACGUCUGACGGAAUGGCAGAGGACCUCUGGCGGAACGGUAGAGAACCUCUGACGGAACGGCGGAGGACCUCUGACGGAACGGCAGAGAACCUCUGGCUGAACGGCGGAGGACCUCUGACGGAAGGGGGAAGACCUUUAACGGGACGGUGGAGAACCUCUGGCGGAACAGUCGAGACUUCCGACGGACGGCUUCAGUCUGUGAUAGAACGGCCGGUGGCAUUCUGACGGAGCAUGAACCGUGACCAGGUCAGACGUGCGAGAGGCCCGUCGCGGCGCCAGGGCGAUCUCACGGGACGGUGGCUGACGGACAGCGGUCAUUACGAUGCCGCGACUCCCAACGAAGCUGCUGUGGUGCCAGCGGAGCCCGGCCACCCGUGUCCCCAUGGUCCUUGGGCGGCUGGCCACACCUCAGCGUCACUGAGCGACUGCGUUGGUGAAGUGGGUGCCAUUCUCCCCACUGGUGGUACGUAUGAAAACAACGGCGCAGACCACUGUUGUGUUGUGUAUUGAUGUAGUGUGCGCUGAAAGAUACAUGAUUCAAAAGCG